AAACAAGGGGUGGAGUCACAMUAAGAAAAAGGRAUACAAAAUGGCUGUUCAGAGACACUGUAGGUAUUGCAAAUGUCAAAGAAAUAUGUACAAUUGAGACUAGAAACUAGAGAAUAAUGGCGCUCUGUAUUACAUUCCUCCUACUUCUUACCUUUGGCUGUUCAGCUACAGUUCAGCAGCUUUAUCGGGAAGCGGAAGCUCGGAGUCAAGCUGCACAUGCCCCUGGGAGAUUUGUUCCACAGUAUAGGCCUGUUCAAGAACCAGCCAGAUUUCAACCAAGGCCUGUGCAAUGGCCCGCYAGGGUCCAGACACCGAUGCAAGUUCAAAAACCUUUCCUCCAGUCAAAGCAGACCUUCAAUGAGCCUUUGACCUGGAGAUAUCCUGAAGAUCCAGUCAAAGAGGUGCAGUUGGCUAUUGAUGAGCAGAGACCGCUGCCUGUGCCUGCCAGUAGCGUUGCAGUUCAAUGUGGGGAGACUGCUGCUCGUGUGGAAGUSAAGAGAGAUCUGCUCGGUAUCGGCCAACUCAUUCACCCAGCGGAUCUUACUUUGGGAGGCUGUGCUGUCACUGGGGAGGAUACUUCCGCUCAAGUUCUGAUCUUUGUCACUGAGCUGCACGAAUGUGGCAGCACUCUGACGAUGACUGAAGAUUCACUUGUCUAUGUCUUCACACUCCGUUAUACACCAGCCACCCUGGGCAGCAGCCCCAUUGUUCGGACUAGAGAAGUGGUGUUCUGGGUUGAGUGCCACUAUCAAAGAAAUCAUGAUGUGAGCAGUGAUUCAGUGAAGCCCACCUGGAAUCCCUAUGCCUCCACUAAGGUUGCAGAGGAGCUCCUCUACUUCUCCCUGAGGCUAAUGACUGACAACUGGCAGUUGGAGAGACCCAGCAAAGAGUACGUCCUUGGAGAUAAUAUUAACUUUGAAGCUUCUGUCGUCCAGUUCUACCAUGUGCCCCUCYGAGUCUUUGUGGACAACUGUGUAGCCACAGUCAUCCCAAACACCAACACUGUCCCAAGAUAUGCCUUCAUCGAGAACYGUGGUUGUCUGGUCGACACCAAGCUGACAGGCUCCAGGUCCCAGUUCAUACCUCGCACCAUGGAUGACACUCUCCAGUUCCAGAUAGAAGCCUUUAGGUUUCAUGCUGUGAACACUGGCUCAGUGAGUAGUUAAUCCUGAGAUCUUCUGCA